AUGAGCAACAAUGGUUUGGUACGUAUGCCAACGUUAGAGAUGACACCGAGACAUCGAUUAGCUAUGGAAGUAAUCGAUUUCUCCUACAAUCAUAUCGAAUAUCUCGGAGAUGGUCAACUUCGAGCUGUUCAUGCUAAUAAAAUUCGUCUUAACAAUAAUGACUUACGUGAAAUUGGAAGUCAUAUAUUUGCUAAUUGUCGAUUUUCAUUGUUAGAAUUGAAUGAUAAUUUAGAACUUAAACGCCUUUCAAUUGAUACAUUUGCCGGCAUAUCAUUCAUUAAACUUCUUGAUCUUUCACGUACCGGUAUCACAGAACUUCCAACGACCGGUUUAUCUCGUUUAGAAGGUCUAAAAUUAAAGGAUACUGAGGACCUGAAAAAAUUGCCACCAAUUUUGGCUUUUACAUCAUUGAAAAAAGUUGAAUUCACUUAUCCAUACCAUUGCUGCUUAUUCAAAUAUGCCUCAAAGGAAAUCAGUACAGCUGGUGAAAUGUACACGAAAAAUCUGGAAGAGAUUCGAAAUCGUGAAUGUUCCGCCAAAUCAACCCCAAAACUCAAUCGCUUGCGACGACGGUCUGCGCGAACUGAUCGCUCAAUAUUGCUUCCACAAGAAUCGCGGGAAAAUCCGCUAGAUUUUUCCGAUUUGUUACAAUGGUUUGAUUCUGUCAAUGCUGGUAAUAUUACUAUUGAGAUAGACGAUGACUGGGACACAUUAUUGGAGCCUGAAUUUGAGGACGCUGAUGUUGGACUUUUGACGACUUUCAAUUGUACAUCGAGUGCUGUUAGUGAUUUCUUUGCAUCUAUCCAAUGCACUCCGAUGCCAAAUGCGCUGAAUCCUUGCGAAGAUGUCAUUGGCUAUGACUUUUUACGUUGGGCAAUAUGGUUUGUAUGGAUUUCGGCCAUUGUUGGUAAUGUAGGCGUAUGGAUUGUGCUAUGCCAAAUGGGACAAAAGAGAAUGCAAGUCCAUUAUUUCUUCAUGGCUAAUUUGUCCACUGCGGAUUUGCUAACAGGUGUUUAUCUUGGUGUAUUGGCAAUAGCAGAUUAUAAGACAUCAAAUGAAUAUUAUAAUUAUGCGGUUGCAUGGCAAACCGGUAUUGGUUGUAACAUAGCUGGUUUCAUUUCCGUUUUCAGUUCCGAAAUUUCCAUUAUGUCGAUGUUUCUGAUUGCUUUUGAUAUGUGCUAUAAUAUCAGGAAUGCCUUUUACGGAAAACGUUUGCGGAUGAGAACUGCGAUAAUGAUGAUGGCCGUGGCAUAUCUGAUAGCAUUUACGAUGGCAGUACUACCAAUUAUAGGUGUAUCCACGUAUACAAGCACCAGCGUUUGUUUACCUCUUUCCAUUGAGGAUAAUUUUGACCGGAUCUAUGUAAUUGGCAGUUUGUUGUUCAAUUUGCUUGCAUUUUUGGGCAUGGCAAUUAGCUAUAGUUUCAUUGUAAGGAUGCUUUGUGAUCCGGAACAACCGAAGCGAUCAGAAGAUAAAGCGAUCAUUCUGAAAAUGGCAACACUAAUUGGUACGGAAAUGCUUUGCUGGUUUCCGACUCUUUUUUUCGGUUUAACGGCAGCACUGGGACAUCCUCUUAUUAGUAUCAGUGUGGCGAAGAUAUUUUUAGUACUAUUUUAUCCGAUUAAUGCAUUUACAAAUCCGUUUUUAUACGUAUUUCUUACCAAAAUUACUCAUAUACGACCAUGUUGGAUAUCAUUGCUAAAUAGUAAGACACCAAAUGACUCCAAUGAAUUGAAGUCACUACCCUCGUCAACGUUCCACAAAGAAAUGUCAACUCAUGCAGGUGCACAAUCUGAGAAACGACCGCUAAUUUUCAAUGAACGAUUACGAGUUUCAGCAGUACCAAGAAUGAGUGAUAUCUCAGAACAUGUUGUAAUGGAAAAGAAUAUAACCCCGAAUCUUUUGUCUCAUAAAACAUCAAGUUUUCAACAACAACAACUACCGACAGAAAGACAGGAUUGUGUGGUACUGCUGAAGCAGCUACAGAGUCGACGAGCAAGUGUUCGGAGUACCGGUAAAGACAGUGGUCGUGGUAGCUUGACACCACCCAUUCCAUCAUAUCGUUUUCAGUGUUUCUCGAAUGAAUCUUCUACUUAG